AAAGGCCUGGUGGUUUUCCGAAGGGUUUUUGUUUCUGGAAAGAGGAGAGAGAGAGAGAGAUUGAGAUUGAGAUUGAGAUUUGGUCGUGGUGAGAGAAUUCGUAUGGUUAGCGUUUGAAACAAGUAAAAAUUUUCCGUCACUUUCUCGGUAAAACAUGGGUUAGAGGAACAGAUGGGUAAACGUUUGGUGUGAGGGCCGUGGAGAAUUCAGAUUCCUUUGUUUCCGUCUGCGAAUUUGCUUUCUUUCUUUCUUUCUUUUUUUCCGAUCUCGCAUUUGCCGGAGAAUUCGCCCGUGUUUCUGACUUUUUUUCGAGUAAUCGUCUGGAAAUUGAGGAUUGGGGUAUUAAAGUUACAGGUACGGUGAUUGAUUGCUUCAUUCGAGUUGGCAAAACUGGUGGUAAGCAGUUGGAAAGUCAGGCUUCUCGCUUGUGGCGAUUGUGGUAUUUUGGUAUGCAUCUCGGGAAAUGGUAUCACAUAAGAGGUUAGAAUUUGGAGACAAUGGCUACCGGUUACCUGCUAAUGCACGAGCACGCAGAUCUGCUCGGAAGAAGCGUAUCUUUGAGAAGAAUUGUGGAGAUGAUAGAAUGCGUGCGUUUGACUUAUUGGCAACUGUAGCCGGAACGUUGCUGCUUGAGAGCGGGAAUUUCCAGUCGGCUAGCGAAACCCCGAUCAUUGGGAGCAAAGAAAAGUGUUUAGCUCUACAAAAUACCGUAAAGAAUGAAUUCCCAGAUGAAGAGAAGCCCGUAAAGGUGGAAAGUUUCUGCGGAGACAAACAUUUUACAGGAGCCCCGAGUUCAUGUGAUGAUGUCCAUUGUGGACCCAGCUCCGCUAUAACAAACCCUGAUGAUUCUUUGAUGAUUGAAAACCUCGAGAAUGCAGUGGAGGGUUUGGGUAACUCAGAUCGUAGUGAUUCAUGUGAAGUUGGAAGCUUUGAUCAGGGAUUUAAACCUGAUGUCAAUGGCGAUCCAGUAGUUCUGGAAGUGAAACCUGAUGUUGUAGUUAGUUUAGGAGGUAGUAGUAGUAUCCCCGAACUGCCAGUAUGUGGGAAAGAUGUUUUCCAUGGCUCUCGGGAUGAUGUAAAUUUAGUUAGUAGAGAUGAUGAUGAAAACUUCUCAGGGUACAGCCACCGUAGUACGACCAAGAGAUCAUGUAGGCAUGUGCCGCGCAUUGGAGACAGAAGAAUCAGGAAGAUAUUGGCUUCUAGAUAUUGGAAAGGAGGAACGAAAAAUGCUGAUGUGAAGCCCUGGUAUUCUGCAAAGAGAAAUUAUUACUUGCACCAUCAGAGGAAUUAUCCUAUCAAGAAAAGGAGAUACUUUGACUACAUUUCUGAAUUGAAUUCUGAUGAUUAUAAUCUGGCCCGAAAGAUGGGUAGGGGAAGCCGAACAAUUUCUUCAUUGAAAUGUCAGAAUGGGUCGUAUGUAUCAAGGGACUCUCAUGUGAGGAUGCGGAUAAAGUCUUUUAGGGUUCCCGAACUUUUCAUAGAGAUUCCAGAAACUGCAACUGUUGGAUCCCUGAAGAGAACGGUAAUGGAGGCAGUGACCAGUGUACUGGGCGGUGGUGGAAUUCGUGUUGGUCUGAUGCUUCAGGGAAAGAAAGUCCGAGAUGACAGCAAAACCCUUCUUCAGACAGGAAUCUCUCAGGACAAUACCCACUUAGACUCUCUGGGUUUCUGCCUUGAGCCAAGCUCUGAAGCCUCCCCUCUUCCCUGCCACACUCCUCUGCCCUUGACCAGAUACCCACCAGUGGACACCAUAUCUCAUCUGCAUGGCUGUGAUGAUCAUGUGGGUAAUAUGUUGGACUCUGUCCUUGACUCGGUUGCAUGCUCUUCUGAUUCGUAUGGUGAAAAGAGCGGAAAAGAUGAUUCUAGAGCUUUGGUUCCUAUGGAGGAGGCACCGGCCAUGGCUCCCAGGUCGGUAACCGCAUUGGCCCCUCGGCCUCCAAGCCGUAAAUCAAAAAGGGCUGAGCAGCAGCAAGCUGCACAUCGCAGAAUCCGUCGACCUUUCUCUGUUGCUGAAGUAGAGGCAUUGGUUCAGGCUGUUGAGAAACUCGGAACCGGAAGGUGGCGAGACAUAAAGCUCCGAGCUUUCGAGAAUGCGGAUCAUCGUACCUAUGUCGAUCUGAAGGAUAAAUGGAAAACGCUGGUGCACACGGCGAGGAUAACGCCGCAACAGCGAAGGGGAGAGCCCAUGCCGCAGGAGCUUCUGGACCGAGUUCUGAACGCUCACUCGUACUGGGCUCAGCAGCAGCAACAGCUAAAAGCAGCAACAGCCGCCAUGUGAAUCUUGCAGUUUCCUCUCUGUGUAUUAUUAUUACAACUACUGUAAUGUUAUAUGAUCCUCUGUAAAAUUCCUAACAUAGGAGUGUGUGGUCUGCUCUUCGUUUGGGGUUAUUUUUUUGGUGUACAUUUUAAAUUGGAAUAAAGAGCGUUUUCUAACGCGGAUUUGUUGCAAAUUGUUUUGUCA